UUUCGCUGCUGUUUUGAUAAGAUUACGUCUAUGUGCUUCGUAACGGAAAUCCCUGUCGUUAUUUCUUCACUCGACUUCUCGUCGUUCGUGGCUCGUACUUUCUUCAUUCGCUGUUGCGACAAACGAACGAAGAAACGAAAUGAAAGAAAAUAGACGACCCGUCUUUAAUACACUCUUCAUUUUGGUGGGAGUUUUUGUUUUCUCCUUCUUCGUUGUUCUUCUAACUUUAAGCGCCGUCAUUUUGCACAGGCUGAGAGAUAGCGACGUCGGAACUUCUGGUCAAAGUUCGGAUUCGCAAAGCUUGAAGUCCUUACGACAGGAAAUUAAUGCCUUAAAACUAUUGUUAGCUAGUGGGAAUAUCGAAAACAUGGAUCGACAAUUGGUGGAUUUGCAACAAGAAUUUACAAAUAAUCGAGAGGAAAACACACAAGAUGAACAAUUAGGCAUUAAAGCUAGGCAAAGAAGAGAGAAAAGUGACCACAACAAAAUCGAUAGAACCGCUUCUUUCGAGCAUACUCCUUACUUCAGAGGAAGUACGUUGUACACUCGAUGGGGAAGAGUAAAUUGUUCGGAAACUCCUUCCACCACUACCGUCUACAGCGGUAUAAUUGGCAAUAGUCACUUGGGACAUCAGGGUGGAGGAUCAAAUCAUCAAUGUUUACCUUUCGGACCCGAAUACGGAUACCAACAAAAAGGAUUGCAAUAUUCGGUCGGAGCGGGAGGGAGUUUAAUACAAGGAGUAGAAUACAGGGCGGAAAACAUUUACCCUUUCAAGAACGAAAACAACGGCGAUCAGACCUUAAAUAAGGAGGACGCCGUAUGUUCUGUCUGUUACGUAUCUACGAGAUCGGUCACCCUUAUGAUACCGGGCAAGAGAAGUUGUCCGGAAGAAUGGACGUUGGAAUACGUAGGGUAUCUGAUGGCUGCUCACUUCAAAAAUCACAGAACGGACUUUAUCUGCGUGGACGAGAGCCCCGAAGGAAAACCAUCGGGGGAGAACACCAACGGGGGAAGCCACUUAUAUCCUGUAGAAGGAGGAUGCGGAGCGCUUCCCUGCCCGAAUUAUCGGGAAGGACUGGAAAUAGCAUGCGUGGUCUGUACUAAAUGACACAUUGUUUUUCCACGCGCUCUUUCUAUUUCCGGGCGAGAAAACCGACAAAGACUAGAGGAAAUACGACGAUGACUUUCCAUUUUUUUCCCCCUCUACGUCUAGGUUAAAAUUUGGAACAAUGUAUGAAAUUAAGACGAGGAAGAUUCAAGUUUUCAAAAUAUUUGUUGUCCAAAAGCAAUUUUUCUUUACAUUUAUCUAUAACUGUACCGUACAUUUGAUUGGUAUUUUAUUAUCGUAGAAGGGUAAACUCCUUCACCGUUAGUAAGUAAAGAACGUUGAAAAAAGU